AUUUCUUCUCACUCCAUGUCUCUCACCUCGAAGCCUCCACCCACAACCUCAUCCUUUCAUCAACCAUCUCGAAACCUCCACUCAAGACUUCUCCAUCUCAUCUUCUCCACACCACAACAGACAUCAUCAAGACAAAAGAAGACCCUCAAGAUGAUGCGUCGACUUCUGGAAGUGGGAGCUCUGGGCCCUGUCCAUCUUCUGCCCACAGCAACCCGUCUCCCCAGGGCCAUUGUUCUUGACUCGAUGAAGUCACGUUGGACCGGACCCCCCUUGUACGAUCCUACUUCCUCGAGCCCGCACGAGGUCACGAUAAACAUCUUGCAACACGAGGCCGAUGGCGAGCCGUUCUUUACGAAGAAAGCCUUGCUGGACCUGCAGGCCCAACUCUCACGUCCCCUUGAGGCAGGCGAGAAGUAUGUGGCCAUCGGGUUCGAAGGCACCCCCGUGGAGUUUGAGCCCGCCAUCGGGCAGGUCAGUGAACAUGUGGGACAUCGAUUCGUCAAGUAAGCAUGAUCCUUUCUUUCGAUUUCCACGAGAUGAAGCGGUUUUUGUCGAGUCGAAACACGCCGCGGAACGAAACUGACCACCUCAUCCUCACAGUGGCGCCGUUGCCCUCGUGUAUCACUCCUGGAGCGUCUUCCUCGGGCAGGCCUCCGACAAAAAGUACCUGGACGCCGCCUCGUACUGCCGCGUCGUCCCCAUGCACGUCCAGCAGUGGAUCAACCCGG